ACCAGGUUCUGCAUUAAUGAGAGUUCGCAGGAUGCGGUCGUUUUCAAGUUUACAAACUUCGCCUGCGAGAGCUACAACAAAUCGUGGUUCGUGUUCCACACCUGUCGCCUGAAGGCCGUCAGUCGAAACAAAGUGCUCCUCAAUAUGAAUGGGACGGUGCUGCAUCCGGCCACGGAUAUAACAGUGCAAGGCAAGGUGUAUAAACGGGCAAGUGGCUAUAAGCCAUGGCUCUUCGACGUUAAUUUUGAUGCCUGUCAGUACCUGCGAAGGCGCAGCGUACCCAUCGUGUCUGUGGUCUACGGACUCUUCAAAGAGUUUACCAACAUCAAUCACACAUGCCCCUUUAUGGGUCCGCAGAUAGUAAAGGAUUUUUAUCUAAGACCCGAACUGCUGCGCCUUCCCAUGCCGACGGGGGACUAUUUAUUGACGGUAAAGUGGCUUUUCAACAGGAAGCCGCAAUUUGAUACAAACGUGAGUUUUACAUUCGUGGAGGAUCUGCUGAAGAGCAAAUAG